GCCAAACCAAAACCAACCAUUUUGUAGGGAUAAACACCAAACAACUUUCCUCCAUGGCAACAGCAGCUUCAUCUUACAUGGUUUUUUCCAUGGUGGGUUGGAAAAACGGCAAACAAAACACAAGACCCUCAGCCAGAUUUCCCAUCUCUGCUCAGAUCAAUGAAGCUGCAGAGCAACUGAAAGUGGGUGAAGAAGAAGAAGAGGCAAAGCCGAAACCGCCACCGUCGCCACUGCGACCGGUGGAAACGCAGCCAAACGUGAAGAGCAAGAACAUGAGCAGAGAGUAUGGAGGGCAAUGGCUGAGCAGUGUGACUCGCCAUGUAAGAAUCUAUGCAGCUUAUAUUGACCCUGUUACUUGUGAGUUUGAUCAGACCCAAAUGGAUAAACUUACACUUAUUUUGGAUCCAAGCAAUGAGUUUCUUUGGAAUCCUGAAACUUGCAACAAAGUCUAUGCUUACUUCCAAGAGCUUGUGGAUCAUUAUGAGGGAGCUCCACUGACGGAAUACACACUUCGCCUGAUUGGUUCAGACAUAGAACACUACAUAAGAAAGAUGCUUUAUGAUGGUGAAAUCAAGUACAAUAUGAAUGCAAGGGUCCUCAACUUCAGCAUGGGAAAACCAAGAAUAAUGUUCAAUAGCAACGAUCUGCCUCAAGAUCUACAAUCAUGAUACUUAGUUAACAAAUGUGAAAAGAUGCUACAUAUUCACUAUGUUGUGUUCUAAAUAGAAUGCCAAUUCCUCAUUUUAUACUUACAUUUCUUUCCCUGUUUUG